AUCCCCGAAUUUGCUGUUCAUGUUAUCCGUGUUUAUUUCUGGUCCAUCUUAUCAAUUCAUUUAUUUCUGAGCAGUUUUUUCUCUUAUAGUGUUGGAUAUAAGUUGUGAAAAUCAUGGGGACGAACGAAGGAGCCGUUUCGGUAAGAAUUACAUCCGCAGCUGGUAUUAUAUCUUUACUGGAUGAGCCGAUGCCAGAGCUCAAAGUUUUUGCCCUGAAGAAGUUGGAUCUCAUUGUCGAUGAAUUUUGGCCUGAAAUUUCAGAAGCUAUUCAAAAAAUUGAAAUUCUGCACGAAGAUAAAGGUUUCGAUCAACAAGAACUAGCCGCUCUUGUCGCAAGUAAAGUUUACUUCCACCUUGGGUCUUACAGUGAUUCUCUCACUUAUGCUCUUGGAGCAGGUGAUAAGUUUGACGUCUCCUCUCAGUCAGAGUAUGUUCAAACCCUCCUCGCAAAAUGUAUCGAUCACUAUACUACACUUUGCGUAGAACGUAUCGAAAGCCCGUCAACAGCUCGGGAGAUGGAUCCUCGUCUUGAAAAUAUCGUCAACAGGAUGUUCCAGCUUUGUCUAGAUGACUGUCAAUAUAAACAGGCUUUGGGCCUUGCUCUAGAGACACGAAGGAUGGAUAUAUUCGACCAAGCUAUCAAACAGUCUGAUGAUAUUCCUGGCAUGCUCCAAUAUGCAUUUGUUGUAGCUAUGUCCUCAAUUGAGUCUAAAGCAUUUUGUAAUACUGUAUUGAGGGCUCUUGUGGACCUGUAUCAUAACCUAGCAAUACCCGAUUAUGUGAACAUGUGUCAAUGCCUGAUUUAUUUAGAUGAUCCUCUCGCCGUUGCACAAGUUUUAGAAAAGCUAAGCAAAGGAUCUGAGAAGUCCACAUUAAUGGCAUACCAACUUGCAUUUGAUAUGUACGAAUCAGCAACUCAACAAUUUCUAGGUAGCGUACUACAAGCACUACGGUUAUCAGCCCCAAUUCCAAGCGCAGCCCAUACAUUAACACCAGUUCCUGUUGAUGCAUCCAACUCAGACUCUCCAUCCGUCUCAUCAACAGCUGCCAAUGCUGGCUCUGUGCAAACGGGGGAUGAUUCCAGUCAGGAACCUGCUAAGUCUGAAACUUCAUCGACCUCAGAAGCACCGGCCGAAAAGAAGUUUGAAAAUUUAACAGAAGAUGAGAAGAAACAACAAGAGCACAUCCAAAAUCUCAGUAAGAUCUUAAGUGGAGAAGUAACGAUUGACCUACAUGUACAGUUUUUAAUUAGAAGUAACAAAACGGACAUGCUCAUCCUUAAGAAUACCAAAGACGCUAUUCGGGUGAGUAUCUGUCACACAGCUACAGUAAUCGCUAAUGCAUUUAUGCACGCAGGAACAACCAGUGAUCAGUUCCUUAGAGAUAAUCUAGAAUGGCUAGCCCGUGCUACUAAUUGGGCGAAGUUAACAGCAACAGCAUCUCUUGGCGUCAUUCACAGAGGACACGAACAUGAUGCUCUUGCGCUUAUGGAAAGUUACCUUCCUCGAGAAACUGGCCCAAGCAGUGGGUUCUCAGAAGGAGGAGGUCUCUAUGCUUUGGGACUUAUACAUGCAAAUCAUGGAGCUGUCAUCAAUGAUUACUUGCUGUCACAGCUGAAAAAUGCCACCAACGAAAUGGUCCGACAUGGCGGUUGUUUAGGUCUAGGUCUAGCUGCAAUGGGUACUCAGCGGCAAGAUAUCUAUGCCCAAAUCAGGUUCAAUUUAUAUCAAGAUGAUGCUGCCACAGGAGAAGCUGCUGGUUUAGCCAUGGGUAUGGUGAUGCUUGGCUCGAAGUCAGAGAAAGCCUUAAAAGACAUGGUAACAUAUGCACAAGAAUCGCAACACGAAAAAAUCCUGCGAGGUCUUGCAGUUGGUAUCGCGCUCAUAAUGUUUGGGCGCCUUGAAGAAGCAGAUCCAUUGCUCACAUCUCUUUGUGCAGACAAAGAUCCCAUCCUCCGCCGUUCAGGCAUGUACACUAUUGCCAUGGCUUACUGUGGGACGGGAAGUAACACUGCAAUCCGCAAGCUUUUGCAUGUAGCUGUCUCUGAUGUCAAUGAUGAUGUUAGGCGUGCAGCAGUCACUGGAAUAGGAUUUGUCUUGUUCCGCGCCCCAGAACAAUGUCCAAGUGUAGUCAGCCUGUUAGCGGAAAGUUACAAUCCCCAUGUGCGUUACGGUGCAGCCAUGGCGUUGGGUAUUGCUUGUGCAGGAACGGGUCUGAAGGAGGCCAUCAGCCUCUUGGAGCCCAUGACUAACGAUCCAGUUAACUUUGUCCGUCAAGGUGCUUUGAUUGCAUCAGCUAUGAUCCUCAUUCAGCAGACAGAAUCACUGAACCCGAAGGUCAAAGAUUUUAGAAACCUCUACUCUAAAGUAAUCACGGACAAGCAUGAGGAUGUAAUGUCCAAAUUUGGAGCCAUUAUGGCGCAAGGAAUCAUUGAUGCAGGUGGUCGUAAUGUAACUUUAACCCUUCAGUCAAGGACAGGUCAUAUCAACAUGCAAGCUGUUGUGGGUACGUUAAUUUUCACCCAAUAUUGGUACUGGUUCCCACUCUCGCAUUGUUUGUGUCUAGCCUUCUCGCCCACUUGUCUGAUAGCUUUGAAUAGUAGUCUAAAAAUGCCAAAACUUGAAUUUAGAAGUAAUGCCCCUCCAUCCAAAUUUGGGUAUCCUCCACCUCUUGAAGAGAAGAAGAGAGAAGAACGGGAAAAGGUCACCACUGCAGUUCUAAGUAUCACGGCUCGUGCAAAACGGAAGGGAGGUGCGGCACAGCGCCACUCAGAUGCUAUGGAAGUUGAUGAAGUAAAAGAGAAAGAGAAGGAAGAGGAAAAAGAAAGGAAAGAAAAAGAGAAGAAGGAAGAAGAAAAGAAACCUGAGCCAACGUUUGAGAUCCUGCAAAACCCAGCUAGAGUAAUGAAACAGCAACUGAAGUACAUCCAGUUUGCUGAUCAGUCAACGUAUGUUCCACUCAAAGAUGUGGCAAUCGGUGGAAUCGUUAUGGUGCAGCAUCUGAAAUCAGGUGAAGAAGAAGAAUUGGUCGAGCCAGUAGCAGCUUUCGGACCCAAGUCAGAGGAUGAAAAAGAGCCGGAUCCUCCUGAGGCUUUCGAAUACUUCGAUGAGUAAUGAGUGAUGUACACUCAGUGAACGAAGCCAUUGCAUUUGUUAGAACAUCAGUCUCAUCAUCCUGUCAUCUGUCCGAGUUCGACACUUUUAAUGUAUUGUGAAAUUUAAGAAUUUUUUUUAUUUUUCUAAGCUUAAAAUUAGUUUGUUUUCUCGUCCAUCUGAAAUUUACUGAUGUAAGCUUCAAAUAGAAAGAUUUUCUAUUCAACUGCGCCAUCUCUGUGUAGAAGAUGAAUUCAGCAGUUAGUCAUGUGAUCAUGUUAAUUUCAAGCGCAGGAAGAAUUUUAUUUCAUUCAUUUUCAUGACUAAAUACAAUGUGUGAUGUAAUCAUUUAAGAUGCUUCUCUAUGUAAAUAUCUUCAAAUUGAAGCAUAUUUUCUCCUGCACAAGGGUAUAACAGUCUGUUGACACGGACCGAAAAGAUUCAAUCGUACAUUUAACACUUAUUUUUUUUUUUUCUAGGUAGGUUUUUUUAUCAUCAUUUUUUAAUUUUUUGCCUGUAACUAAUUAAAUGUCUGUGUAAAUAAAACGUAAACAGAAUAUUUGUA